ACACCACUUCUUGACCUGUCUUACAACUCACCAGCCUCUUAUCAAAGUACAAAGAGAAUUCUACCUUCAGGCUCAUUGGGCCCCACAGGACUAGCAUUAUGUCCACGGUCAAUAGCCCUUUGAUUCCAGAUAGAACACAGCAAACGUCCUUGGGAGAUGUGACGGAUCACACCGACCCCGCGUCACCCGAGUCGGAGCGGUGGAAUCAGCCUCGCGCUAACGUGCCAAAGGUUUCGGCCGUGUUUUGGAGUUUUUUGAUAAUGGGCGCAAAUGAUACCGCAUAUGGACCUCUUUUACUAUAUCUCGAGUCAUAUUACAGUGUCUCCUAUACAGUCGUCUCAUUUCUGUUCCUUUCCCCUGUCUGUGGCUAUAUACUUGCUGCAGUCUUAAACGACAAAGUCCACAAUCGACUAGGCCGUCGUGGCGCUGCCUGGAUCUCUGCCAGUAAUCAUCUCAUCGGCCAUUUCUUCACAUCUUUACAUCCUCCAUACCCUAUCCUAGUCGCAGUCUUCGCUCUUCAAGGUUUUGCAAAUGGUCUUGCAGAUUCGGGGUACAAUGCCUGGGUCGUCAACAUGGCUAACGCAAACCAACUUCUUGGAAUCAUGCAUGGGCUGUAUGGCUUUGGGGCAGUCCUCAGUCCACUUAUAGCGACCUCACUUGUGACCAAGGCUAACCUCCCAUGGUAUUACUUCUACUAUAUCAUGACUGCCUGCGCAAUGAUCGAACUCGUCAUUUGCCUAGGGGCAUUCAGAGAUUUAGAUGCAGCUUCCUUCCGAGCAGACAAUCAGACCGAAGAGCAAUCAGAUGGGAAUAUGAGUCGAGCCAUUGCCCAACCUCCAUAUUCACGUAUCACUUGGAUCUGUGCCUUUUUCCUUGUUGGUUACAUGGGAGUCGAAGUUGCAUUGGGUGGAUGGAUCGUUACCUACAUGAUUCAAGUAAGACACGGUGAAGCAUUUGCGAGUGGUAUGGUUGCUACAGGGUUUUGGCUGGGAAUUAGCUGUGGCAGGAUCGUUCUCGGCUUCUUCACCCCGUUGCUAAAGGAAGAGCUUGCCAUCGUCGUGUACUCUUUGCUUUCAAUUGCUUGCGGGUUCAUCCUCUGGCUUGUGCCAUACUUCUCUGCUUCAGCAGUGGCUGUCGCAGUGCUAGGGUUUUUCUUGGGCCCUUUCUUUCCUGCUACGGUUAUAGUCGCCACCAGAAUUCUCCCACGGGCGUUACAUGUAAGUGCUAUCGGCUUCGCUUCAGCAAUUGGCGGGACUGGAGCGGCAAUCUUGCCCUUUGCAGUGGGUGCUAUUGCGCAGAGACACGGCGUUCAAGUUCUGCCGCCGAUCAUCAUUGUUCUGAUCAGUGGAAUUCUGUCAUUGUGGCUGUUCCUUCUAGAGAUAUCGAAGACCAUAUUACGUGUUUAGAAGACACGCCGUUUUUUGAAGUUGUCAAAGGGGACCCAGCCUGGGUUGAAGACAUUGUCAGGUGGGGAGUUUGGCUGGGGCGGCGCAUCUGUUAAACAACAACGCAGGUGUCCUGAGGGGGACUCAUGGAGAACAGACAUCUCCAGUAGAACAAAAGGUGUGGCCUAUCGAUCCUUUAGUCCCUCGAAAUUUGAGGCUAGAGGUGCCAGAAAAGUUACCACAGGGAUAACUGGCUUGUGGCAGCCAAGCGUUCAUAGCGACGUUGCUUUUUGAUCCUUCGAUAUACAACGUGUCAAAAUCCUUGAGCCGCUUGAAACAGUCACUCGCCUUCCUCAUCCCUCCAUCACUACGGAACCUGUCGCGUUGAUAAAUCUGCUCACAUCAAUGACAGGGCAGAGGGCAGCUUAUACCUUCUCGGUCGGAAACUGGAUCUCAUCUGGAUUAUUUGGAUUAAUUAAAGGUGUCAUUUAUGCCGAGUUAGGCAUGAGAAGAACGGUGAGAACAGACUAGUAAGAAUUAGGGAAAGGAAGAAGCAAUCAGUAUGGAAC